UUUGCAAACGUUCGGAGAGCUUAGUCCUGUUUUGAUAGCCAGUGAAAAGAAAAUCUCAGUUUUUGGUGAAAUCUAACGAUAUCCAUUCUUAAACUUCAACCCCCGGAAGUACUCGGCGAAAGUUCCCAUCUAGCAAGAUGGAUGAUCGCACCAUUGAUACAAUUUUUGCGGGCUCGCUGGAGAAUUUGCCUCCGGUGAGCUCGAAAAUCGUGCGAAUUUUCACCAGCUCAACCUUUACGGAUACGACGAUGGAACGUAACAAUCUUAUGGCCAAGUGUUACCCACGCAUUAAAGAUUACUGUCGCGAGAAACAUGGUCUUGAAUUUCAGGUCGUCGACAUGCGUUGGGGUGUCCGUGACGAGGCCACCGAUGAUCACAUGACCACGGAGCUGUGCAUGAGAGAGAUUAAGAAUUGUCAACGACUUUCGAUGGGGCCCAAUUUCGUGGUAUUUCUGGGACAGAAGUAUGGCUACCGGCCGAUUCCAACCUACAUAUUGUCCUCGGAGUUGCAAUUGAUACGUGACGAUUUGGCCGCAAUGGGAAUUGACGUAUCGCUGUUAGAUUUAUGGUACAAAAAAGAUAGCAAUGCCGUACCGCCGAUAUCCAUUCUUCAACCAAUUUCAUCUAUAUUGACAAAUUUUAAUAAUAAGCGUGUACCGAAACUUCAAGCGGAGGAUCAAGCCGUUUGGUGGGACACAAUGACCAAGAUGCAGAAACUAUUCAGAAAAGGAGCAGCUUCUCUCCACGCUCAGGGCAAACUGGAUAAGGAUCAAACCCACAACUACUUCAUGUCUGUCACCGAGCGAGAAGUCAUCAACGGCCUCCUGAAUGUGAAAAAUACCAAAGAUCACACCCUGGCAUAUCUACGCUACAUUAAUAACAUCAAUUUGCAAAAUCUCAAAAAAGCAUCGCUGUAUGUAGAUAUUCUGAACCGAAGUCUUGACACGGAGGCCACAAAGCUUCUGGCUGAUCUACGAGAUGUUCGCGUUCCAAAUCGCAUCGAAGCUGCGAAUCUGCAAAAGUACACCAUCGAGUGGAUCGGCAGAGAAGGUUUGGACGUGGAAACUCACGAGGAAUAUCUCAAUCAUUUCAUCAGUCAUUUCUACAAAAACAUUAUCAAAUUGGUCGAUCGAGCAAUGCGGAAAGAGGAUUCCAGCGCCCAGGGACAAAUAGUGACGGAGAUUUUGCAGCAUCUGCAUGCCUGUAAUAACUCCGUCAAAGUAUUUUAUGGUCGCGAAGAGCAAUUGCUUCGAAUCGAGAAGUAUAUGCUGGGACCCUGUGAUAAGCCUUUGGUAUUGUACGGCGAAGGAGGAUGCGGCAAGACAUCGCUACUCUCGAAAAGUGCUGCACUCACCACAACCGAAUGGUUUGCUAAAGUUCGACCGAUAAGUAUUAUUCGGUUCCUCGGAACAACGCCCGACUCCAGUGCCCUGACGCCGACCUUGAUAUCAAUUUGUCAACAGAUUUCGUACAACUUCAUGCUACCGUUCGAUCAAAUCCCGGAUGAUCUGGUGCCCUUGACGGCACAUUUCAAGCAACUUCUGACGUAUGCCAGCACGCAACAGCCACUGUUGUUGUUCCUUGAUUCGGUUGAUCAGUUAACCGGAACGCAGGACGCUAGCAAGGUUUCUUGGUUGCCGACAAGGCUUCCACCGCAUUGCAAGGUUAUCGUAUCGUGCGCAGCGGAGGAAUCAAACCCGGUGGUAUCGCAGGAGUACCAUCUGCUCCGUCGAAUGAUCGACAUCGAGGAGAACUUCAUCGAGGUGACUGCCCUGGGCGAGGACCUGGCCAUGAAGGUGACCAAGAUGUGGAUGGCAACCGCAUGUCGGGAUCUGUCCAAUUAUCAAUGGCGAUUGGUAGCAAACGCGAUUGGCAAGUGCUCGCUUCCGAUUUUCGUGAAACUGGUGUUUGCCGAAAUUUGCCGCUGGCGCAGCUUUACCCGGCCCCAGGAUACGCAUCUCGCAUCGACAGUGAUGGACAGUAUCAUGAUGUUGUUCGAGCGUAUCGAGAAACAGCACGGCCGAAUAUUGGUGUUUCAUGCUCUGGCUUACAUCACUGCGGCCAAAUCUGGCCUCUCCGAGAGUGAGUUGGAAGAUUUGAUUUCACUAGAUGAUCGAGUGCUGGACGACGUGUAUCAGUAUCACUUGCCGCCGGUUCGCCGUAUUCCACCUCUGCUUUGGACGCGUAUACGGAACGAUCUGCCGAACUAUCUCAGCGAACGGGAAGCGGAUGGUGUGAACGUUAUGAACUGGUAUCACCGACAGUUUAGGGACACCGCAAAGGAACGGUACUUCAAGAACAUGAACAUGGCUAUCUAUUUCCAUUCGAUGAUAGCCGAUUACUAUCUCGGUAUCUGGGGUGGAAAGCCGAAACCGUUCAAGUACACAGAAAUCCAGCGACACAGGUUCGGCUUAACGGACAAGGAAGGCAUCGCCGAUCGUAAAGUUCCGAUUCAGCCGUUGGUAUUUACCAACAAGGAAGGAAAAGUCACUCGAUACAAUCUUCGCAAGUUUGGCGAAUUGCCUUUCCAUUUGGUCCGGUCGCGGCGUUUCACCGACCUGUACAAGAACGUGCUCUUCAACUAUGAUUGGUUGCACGCAAAGCUGUCCAGUUGUCCACUGCAGGCUGUGCUGGCGGAUUUCGAAGAUGCAUCCGUCAAUAUCGACGACAAAGAUGCUAGGCGGGAGCUAAUGCUAGUCGCCGACGCUCUGCGACUGGGAGGCGCGAUUCUCGGUGUCUACCCAAACAUGUUGGCGGCCCAGUUGAUCGGCCGUUUGCUACCAGAAAUUGGAGGGAAUCCCAACAUCAAGAUGUUGCUGGAAGCGUGUGAUAAUUCAGGCCCCAAAGACUCGGCACUGAUACCGCUUAACCACUGUUUGCACACGCCCGGCGGUCCUCUCAAGUAUUCGCUCGAAGGGCAUCAGUUUGCAGUGUUUGGCUUCUGUCUUACCAGCGAUUAUCGCUACAUGGUGUCAAUCUCGACUAGAUUUAUUACCUGGGAUUUGUCCACUUCUGACCUGACACGUGAUGUGAAUCCGGGAGUGGAAGGUAUCAUGCAACAAUUGGUGCUCAGCCCCGACAACAAAUGGGCUGCCGCGUACACGAAUAACAGUCAGAGCGUUCUGCUGAACAUGCUAUCGAGUGAGUUUACAAUCAUCGAUAAUCCCUUUGAAGAAACGGAACCGAUAACUGGUUUGUAUCUGCUGAAUAAAAAUCUGUUUCUGCACACCAAGCUGCGGUAUGCUUUCUACGAUAUGCGUGGAACUUUGAUUGAGAAGAAGCAGCUUGAAGAUGUUACCGAGGAAUGGGAACUUCUAUUUAUGGAGUUUACUUCAUUCACCAGCUUUUUCGCAAUCCUUUGGUCCGGGGCGAUAAACGACACAAGAUUGAUGCUGUAUACCCAACGUGAAGGUUUGACAAUUCCAACUGUCACAUUGCACAGCGUCAUUACGAUGAAGAAGGACCGCAAGACCAUGUAUUGUUGUCACCAACAGGAUCUCUAUCAAGUGAGCGAAUUUCAGUUCGAAGAGAACGAAGAGGACAAAACGGCAGAAUGGAAGCACGAGCGUGAUCUGCCACGCUAUGAGAAUGACGUCAAGGAAAUGGCUCUUCAGCUCAAGAUGGAUCACAAUGAUCGCUUCCUGCUGGCCAGCACGGCCAACGGGUUCGUUGUGUGGGACUUCGACGCCGAGGAUCCCAUUUCUGAGGAGGCCAUCUAUCUUGCGUUACCCCAUAGCGUACGGAAUAUCUCCACCAAAAUGACCCAAUCGAAUUCGAUCAUGAUAAGUUCGAAGCUGGACUACGCCGUGGCUGGUGUGAGAAAAAACUUGUACGUCUGGUGCGUCAAGAGCAAACAACUGAUGAAGGUCCUGGAUGCACAUUUUGGCCGCAUCAUGCAACUGGAAACAUUAACGAUCGGAACAUGGAACAGUGUCAUCACUUCAAGCAUCGAUCGUUCGGUUAAGAUCUGGAAUAUCAACAACAUCUUCGAGCAGGUUCACGUGAUCGAUCGCCAUGAGCUGCAAAUUGAUAGCAUCAGUCUUUCGCAGAACGGCGAGCUGGCAGUUACCGUCACCAGGGCCUGUGUCGGUGUUUGGGAAAUACGGACUGGUCGGUUACUUUCCAAGCUGGCGGACAGUCCCCUGGGGGCCAUCGUGACUCACGCUGAAAUCACACCGGACGGACGGUACAUCGUGUCCUCGGAGACAGGCAAAAUUCUCAUCUGGAACCGAGUGACGGAACAAGUUUUGUCACGCGGCUCCCAGCCGGGAACGCAACAGAUCAAUUUUGUCGAAAAUGGCGAGAAAUUCCUCGUCGUUUCCUGUCCAAAUGCAACGAACGCCUCGGCCACAACGGCUGAAAAGUUGGUGGCCCAGGCAAUCGUUCGUAGCAUUCCGGACGGUCAAACGGUUUUCAGCUUCGAGUAUCCCGUCCGUCUGGUGCCAGGUUUGCCAUUCCGGUGCGCUGUCAUCACGGUCGAUGGACAGCACAUAGUGUGUGCUUCGGUGGACAAAAACAACCGUGACUCGAUUUGGGUGUACAAUGCCACGAAUGGAACUCACGAGCACAAGAUAUCGCUCAAAGGUUGCAACAUCAAGGAGAUCGCAUCGCUUGUUCCGCUUCCACACAAACCGUCUCAGGUGGCAAUCAUUACGAAUGAAAAGGGUGCAAUUAUGGAUAUCAAAAUCCGCAAGCACGUUCGGUCGAUUCCAAAGUGGGGCGGAACCUGUACCAAGGAUGGAAAAUUCGGAUUGUACGCCCCUUCUCGAGGUGGAUUGGAGCUGCUGGAACUGAAGAAGGGCUCUACGGUUAAAACUUUCAUUCCGAAGGUGGCUGAAGGAGUAUUCACAGUCAUUUGCAUGUUUACUGAAACGGAUGAGUACGUUCUGUACUAUCACAGUGGUCGUAAAACGCUGCGAGUUUUCCGUACGAGUGACACCGAAAUGAUUGCCAACUACCGAAUGCAGGCCGAGUUGACGGCCAUCAAAAGCACUUCCGAUGGCAAGAGUCUUGUGCUGGGAACAAUCGACGGAUGCAUUUCGGUGCUGGCCAUAGCUGAUGAAGAGAAACCUGAGAUGCAAGAAUUUCUCAAGAAGUUGCCUUCCAGAGAUGCUAAUUGGAAGAAGAAGCUGGCUAAGCAGAAGGCUUCUGCUCGAUUCAAAGCAGCUAUGAGGUUGGCAUCAAUUUCCACCAGAUUUGGAACACCACUAGAGGAGGAUGAUGAUGACGAUGACAAGGAAGGAGAUGAAUAAAUUGUUACGAUGAUUACUUAAUGUGAAAAGUUACCUUAGAUUAAGUUUGUGAUUGAAAUUAGUUACACUAAAAACCUACUAAAUAUCAGGAUAACUGUUUACUUAUAUUCUCAAUGCGUGCGAGAAGCAAUGACAUGAUUGGUAUUAGAAAUGAGGAAGUACUUUGAUAUUUGAGAAAACAUUGUUGUAGGGAUAGGAUUUCUAAUAAUGGUAUUAUGAAUGGUUGAAAUGCCUUAUGAAGUUCUAUGAUUAUGCUCACUUACAAAAAAGGCAUGUAUUAUUGUUAGAUAGACAUGACAUUAAAACGGCUAUGAAAAAAUGUGUAGCAUGUAUUGUUAACAGGACCAAAUGAUGUUAUUAAACUUUAAACUUGAA